UUCUCUUUCCGGGACAAGAUGGCGCCGUCCACACCGCUGUUGACAGUCAGAGGAUCAGAGGGACUGUACAUGGUGAAUGGACCACCACACUUCACAGAAAGCACGGUGCUUCCCAGAGAAUCUGGAAGAAAUUGCAAAGUGUACACUUUUAGUAAGGAUGGGACAUUGUUUGCCUGGAGCAAUGGAGAAAAGUUAGUGUCCAUUUGUCGAAAAUGUUCUGUGCAGCAUGAGACCAUAGCUGGCAUGACUAGAGAUACAUGUAUUCGGUUAUCAUUGGUAAAGCCUGUCUUUUAUUGUCACGUGGAGUGAGAGUACUUUGAACAUCUUCGAGAUUUUUUUUUAAUAUAUGCCAUAAAUUGAAUUAUAUAGUGACUUAGAAUUAAGAAUUACUGUGAGAAAAAUUAUUACUGAGGAAACCAAAAGUUAUUUGAAAUCGUGUUCUAAAUUACUGGUUAGGAUUCUUAAAUUUACUACUACCAUUUAGAAAAUAAUUAUUUUUUCACUUGUUAACUUUGGACUCAGAUAUUUUGUAUUUUUGCUGUUAAAUCAGUAACUAAAGUUUUAGUAUUAGUUUUCUUGUAUAUAGAAGCAUAGAAAUUAUUCAAAAGGAUUAGUAUAAUUUAUAUUAUAGAAGGUAUCAGAUUACAAAAUUGAUCUUAUAAGAAAAUAUUUAAAUAGUCAUAUUUUUCUUAAAACCAGUUCUUUUGAAUUUUUCACAAAGUCACUACAAUAUUUCACAGAUCAAAAAAUGUUCAACCAUUUGCUCCUUAUUUUUCUUUUGUUUUCAACUACAUUAUGGUUAUACUGUUAGGCUUUUCAAAGGAGAAAAACUAUAUGCAUUAGCCUGGAAGUAUGAAUUGAGCAGUUUUUUAUGGUGGUGAUAUAUUAUAAAAUCUUCUAAAAGUCAGAUCAAAUGUGGUUAACCAUUAAAGGCUGUUAAAUUAGUUGAUUCACUUUUUAAGUUAUUAACUCAAACUAUAAAAUAUUUUCAUUAUAUAUAAAUAUAUAAUAUAAUCUUAGCCACAAUGUUAAGGGUGUUUUGUUUUUUGUUUUGUUUUGUUACUGAGUCUCUCUACAUAGCCCUGGCUAUCCUCAGACUCACUAUGUAGACCAGGCUGGCCUGGUACUCACAGAGAUCCACCUGCCUCUGCUCCGAGUGCUGUGAUUAAAGGUGUGUGCCAGUUUACCCACCUCAGUUUCUUUUCAAUUAUAUAUUUACAUAUAUAUGUGGGUUAUGGGUGUUUUGCCCACACAUGCAUCUGUGUACCAUGUGUGUACUGCCCUUGGAGGCCAGAAGAGCCAUCAGACCUGGUUUUGGAGUUCAUCGUGUGAGUGCUGGCACUCCAACAAGGGUCCUCUGGAAGAACAGCCACUGCUCUUAACCUCUGAGCCAUCUCUGCAGUUCGACCCUGGAAGUUAAAUAUAGGAAAAGUAAAUAUAAUCAAUGUCGCUAACAAGGGACUACUGCACUCCUUCGACCUCCCAAAAGCAGUUUGCCUUGAAUUCUCACCAAAUAACACUGUCCUGGCAACGUGGCAGCCUUACACUACUUCUAAAGAUGGCACUGCUGGGACGCCUAACCUACAACUUUAUGACAUGAAAACUGGAGCAUGUUUGAAAUCGUUCAUCCAGAAAAAAAUGCAAAAUUGGUGUCCUUCCUGGUCAGAUGAUGAAAUUAUUUGUGCCCGGAAUGUUAACAACGAAGUUCACUUCUUUGAGAACAACAAUUUUAACACAAUUGCAAAUAAAUUACAUUUGCAAAAAGUUAAUGACUUUAAUUUAUCACCUGGAACCCAACCUUAUAAGGUGGCAGUUUAUGUCCCAGGAAGUAAAGGUGCCCCCUCAUUUGUUCGACUGUAUCAGUAUCCCAACUUUGCCGGACCUCAGGCAGCACUGGCCAAUAAAAGCUUCUUUAAAGCUGAUAAGGUUACAAUGCUGUGGAAUAAAAAAGCUACUGCUGUGCUGGUAAUAGCCAGUACAGAGGUUGACAAGACAGGAGCCUCCUACUAUGGAGAACAAACACUGCACUACAUUGCAACAAAUGGAGAAAGUGCUGUGGUACAAUUACCAAAAAAUGGCCCAAUUUAUGAUGUAGUUUGGAAUUCCAGUUCUACUGAGUUUUGCGCUGUUUAUGGUUUUAUGCCUGCGAAAGCAACAGUUUUCAACCUGAAGUGUGAUCCUGUGUUUGACUUUGGGACUGGUCCUCGCAACGCAGCCUUCUAUAGCCCUCAUGGACAUAUAUUAGUGCUGGCUGGAUUUGGAAAUCUUCGAGGACAAAUGGAAGUAUGGGAUGUUAAAAACUACAAGCUUAUUUCUAAGCCAGUGGCUUCUGAUUCUACAUAUUUUGCCUGGUGCCCAGAUGGUGAGCAUAUCUUAACAGCCACAUGUGCUCCUAGGUUACGUGUUAAUAAUGGGUAUAAGAUCUGGCAUUAUACUGGCUCUCUUUUGCAUAAGUAUGAUGUGCCAUCAAAUGGAGAAUUAUGGCAGGUUUCUUGGCAGCCAUUUUUGGAUGGAAUAUUUCCAGCAAAAACGAUAAAGUACCAAGCAGUUCCAAGUGAAGUGCCUAGUGAGGAGCCUAAAGUUGCAACAGCUUAUAGACCUCCAGCCUUAAGAAAUAAGCCAGUCACCAAUUCCAAACUGCAUGAAGAGGAACCUCCCCAGAAUAUGAAGCCACAUCCAGGAAGUGACAAGCCAUUAUCAAAAACAGCCCUUAAAAAUCAAAGGAAGCAUGAAGCUAAAAAAGCUGCAAAACAGGAAGCAAGAAGUGAUGCGGCUCCUACUCCUGUCCCACAGAGUGCACCACGGAACACGGUCACCCAGUCUGCUUCUGGUGAUCCUGAAGUAGACAAAAAAAUUAAGAAUCUAAAGAAGAAACUGAAAGCCAUAGAGCAGCUAAAAGAGCAGGCAGCCGCCGGGAAACAGCUAGAAAAAAAUCAGUUGGAGAAAAUUCAGAAAGAGACAGCCCUUCUCCAAGAGCUUGAAGAUUUGGAAUUGGGAGUUUGAAGACUCACAGAAAGUGAAUUUGUUGGCAGGAAACACUAUAAGCAAGUCUCUUAAGCCCAUGGUGUUCAUGGAAUUGCCAUAUGCCCACUGUUAACAUCAGUCUAUAUUUUUAACCAUUUAUCCAAGGUUGAAUAUGUAUAAUUAUCUAAUGAUGUCUAUUCAAUUGACUUUACAUCUGCAUUCUGUAUCAUGUCAGUAUGUAAUAAAGAGAGAUGAUUUUUUCCAGAUAAGCUUAAUAAAUUGACAGACAUUUGGUUUUUUUUUAAAUGGGUAAUAGUAUUUCCUAUGUAAACAAAUAAAGACAUUUUAAAUUUG